AUGGAAUCAAUCAGAGGUGAAGUUCAGUGGUGGCAAUUGCCUAUUCUCUUCACUUAAUCCAAGAGGCCAUUGCAAAUAGCCCAAAGACCCACUGAGGGAGAUGGACAUUAUUUCCCAGAAGUAAAUACAGCUCAGCCUGUACUUUGGAACAAUUGGUCAACUUUGUCACUUGCUCAAUCUGCUAGCAAAGGUUAUGCAGUGCCUGAACAGGAUCAUGGCAGAAUCACCAGGAAUCAUCACCAUCUGCCUUUUAGGAUAUCUACUCAGUGCUGAAUGUACAGUUUUUCUUGAUCAUGAAAAUGCCAACAAAAUUCUGAAUCGGCCAAAGAGGUAUAACUCAGGUAAAUUGGAAGAGUUUGUUCGAGGAAACCUUGAGAGAGAAUGUAUAGAAGAACGGUGUACUUUUGAAGAAGCACGGGAAGUUUUUGAAAACACUGAACAAACUACUGAGUUUUGGAAGCAAUAUUUUGAUGGAGAUCAGUGUGAGUCCAAUCCAUGUUUAAAUGGCGGCCAAUGCAAAGAUGAGAUUAAUUCCUAUGAAUGUUGGUGUCCAGUUGGAUUUGAAGGAAAGAACUGUGAAUUAGAUGCAACAUGCAGCAUUAAGAAUGGCAGGUGCAAGCAGUUUUGUAAAAUGCGCGCUGACAACAAGGUGUUUUGUUCCUGUACUGCUGGAUACCGCCUUGCAGAAGACCAAAAGUCCUGUGAACCAGCAGUGCCAUUUCCAUGUGGGAGAGUUUCUGUCCCUCACACAUCUAUGAAGCACACCCGCGCUGAGACUGUUUUUUCCGAUAUGGACUAUGAAAAUUCUACUACAGAUGAAACAGUUUUGGAUAACGUCACUGAAAGCACCCAACCAUUUAACGACCUCACUCGAAUUGUUGGCGGAGAAAAUGCCAAACCAGGUCAAUUCCCUUGGCAGGUCCUUCUAAAUGGUAAAAUCGAUGCGUUCUGUGGAGGUGCCAUCGUUAAUGAAAAAUGGAUCGUGACUGCAGCCCACUGUCUCAAACCUGGUGAUACUAUUACUGUUGUCGCAGGUGAACAUAACACGGAGGAGGACGAACACACGGAGCAAAAGCGAAAUGUGAUUCGUGUUAUUCCUCACCACAAUUACAACGCAACCAUUAAUAAGUACCACCAUGACAUUGCCCUUCUGGAACUGGAUAGACCUUUAACGCUAAACAGCUAUGUAACGCCUAUUUGCAUUGCUAACAGGGAAUACACGAACAUCUUCCUCAAAUUUGGGUCUGGCUAUGUGAGUGGCUGGGGGAAAGUCUUCAACAGAGGGAGGACAGCGUCAAUUCUUCAGUACCUUAAAGUUCCACUGGUUGACCGGGCCACCUGCCUUCGGUCCACAAAGUUCACCAUCUAUAAUAAUAUGUUCUGUGCUGGCUUCCAUGAGGGAGGUAAAGAUUCGUGCCAAGGAGAUAGUGGGGGACCCCAUGUUACAGAAGUGGAAGGCAUCAGUUUCUUAACUGGAAUUAUUAGCUGGGGUGAAGAGUGCGCAGUGAAAGGAAAAUAUGGGAUAUAUACCAAGGUAUCCUGGUAUGUCAAUUGGAUUAAGGAGAAAACAAAGCUCACUUAGAGAAAAAUGUAUUUGUAAGACUGGCAUAUUUGGCAUUGAAAAUGAACAAGGUCCUUUACUAACUAAUCGGUUUCCAUCUCUUUAGAUUUGAAUAAAUACAUUCUAUGAAUACUGCUUUCUCUCUUUACAGGGAGAAGUCUAUCUAGAAUUCACGUUUUACUAGAAUACGUAGAUUAGAAAAUGUAAUCACUAGAGAAAUAAAUUGUGGUAGGGAUUUGGGACCAUUCCUACAGGUCCAGCCCUUGACAAAACUGUGAAGUUAACGUCUUCAUAUUGCCCACCAGGCAUUAUGUCUCUCCACGGGGGCAACUCCCAGAUUCUCUCUCCUUAGCAGCAUUCCAUGUUCCAGAUCUUUCUUACUUCUCCCACCAAACAUCAACAUUGAUUAGAUCUGUAUCCAGGAUAUUUGGUCUAGUCCAUCACAAGGCUGGCACCACACUCAUAAAGGGACAACACAGGAGCUUCUGACAGGUUAAAUCUCAUUAGAAACACUUCUUCUUCUGUACCCUUAUUCCUGCAUCCUUUAUCUUUUUCAACUCCUAAUCUUCAAGUCUCUCUCUCUCUCUCUCUCUCUCUCUCUCUCUCUCUGUCUCUCUCUCUCUCUCCCCUACCCUCCCUCCCUCCUUCUCUCCCCAGUUCCCUCCCCAGGCAAAAAGGAGGGACGGGGAGCUUCAUACUGUUUUCCUGGAAUACACAAUUAUAUAUGUCUAUCAAACCCAGACUUGCUUUCAGUUUGAUCUUGGACUUGCUGUUCAGACCAUAGGGAAUGAAAUAAAAGCCUGAAGAACUUGGGGGAAAAGUUGCUCUCAGAGCAUCAUGUUAUUAAAAUACAUACACCAUGGAAGGAAUGACCUAUCAGAACAGUUCCCUAAGAGCUUGUAAUUGUGCUGCUCUGGAGGUCUGACUAGAGAUGGUUCCAGGAAGGCAAACUGACAUGUCACUGUAACUAGAAGUGUUGAUAUAACCCAGGUGUAUUGUGCCCCAUCUGGGAAAAAAACCAAAAAACUGUUAACAGAAAGGGAACAGUUUGCGAUCUAGAACCAGUAGUGUCGGCAAGGAAGAAAUCAUCAGUGUGUCUCCAGUACUGAUCAGGAAUAAGGAAGAAGUUGCCCAGACCAAAGAACGUGAACAUCAGGUCUCCUUAACUAGUGCAGCCCCACAGUGGAGAAGAGCGCGUCAGGCUCACAGGCAUGAGUCACUCUAAUGAGCCAACUAACUUUCCCUUUUCCGGUUUCACGCUCACCAAGCAACUUCUUCAUUAUAAUGAGGCCUUCUAUAUUGAAUUUUCUAGAGGGUUGCUGACCAAGCAACAUAUAUACUCCAAUCUGUUAGACACAAUAUUUCCCUUUAAGAAUUAAUAAGCUGGUGUUCUGGUUCAUACCUCAGCUUUCUGUGAAUUUGGUUGAUGGGAAUCGGUCACUCUGUAUUUAAUUACAUGUGGCACUGGCUGACAAAAUCAGGUUUGGGAGCACUGUGACGCCACUGAGCUGUUGCUUCCUUUGCCCUCACCUCGCCCCCAGCCAGGCCUUACUGAUUUCUUUCGUUAUUCUAGUGAAUGCCUUUUAACUUCAGUCUUUUAAACACAAGUAUCAAUAAAAGUACUUUUCAAUUUCUCCAAA